GGCGUGCGAACUCCACUUCCCAGUGGCCUUUGCGAGGAGCCCGGAUUGCAUCUUCUGUGGUUGCAUUGUGGGAGGACCGGCGGCGUGGAGUGGAAGAGAAGAGCGAGCAAGUGAGCGAGCAGCUGUCGGCAGACGGAGUGUCAAGGCGCGAUGACGGAGCGGAAGGGAACGGCUAAAGUAGACUUCUUGAAGAAGAUUGAAAAGGAAAUCCAACAGAAAUGGAAGGAUGAGGGAGCAUUUGAGGUUAAUGCCUCAGAUGCCGCAAGCCAAAAAAGCAAUGGAAAAUACUUUGCCACCUUUCCGUACCCAUACAUGAAUGGCCGGCUUCAUCUAGGACACACAUUUUCUUUAUCUAAGUGUGAGUUUGCAGUUGGAUUCCAGAAGCUAAAAGGAAAAGCUUGCCUCUUCCCUUUUGGGUUGCAUUGUACUGGGAUGCCCAUUAAGGCAUGUGCAGAUAAACUGAAAAGAGAAAUGGAGCUGUAUGGCUGCCCACCAGAAUUCCCUGAUGAAGAAGAGGAGGAGGAGGAGGACUCCAAGGAGGAAGAAGUUGUCAUCAAAGACAAGGCUAAAGGCAAAAAGAGUAAGGCUGCUGCCAAAACUGGCUCUUCAAAAUACCAGUGGGGAAUCAUGAAAUCUUUAGGUCUUUCUGAUGAAGAGAUAGUGAAGUUCUCCGAAGCUGAGCAUUGGCUUGAUUAUUUCCCGCCUUUAGCCAUUCAAGAUUUAAAGAGCAUGGGGCUCAAGAUUGAUUGGAGGCGCUCUUUUGUUACCACUGAUGUCAACCCUUAUUAUGAUUCCUUUGUACGAUGGCAGUUUCUCACCCUGAGAGAAAGAAAUAAAAUAAAAUUUGGAAAACGGGUGUAGGACCUCAAGAAUAUACCCUGAUCAAAAUGAAGGUGGUAGAACCUUACCCUGUGAAGUUAAGUGGCCUUAAGGGAAAGAAUAUUUUUUUGGUAGCUGCAACUCUCAGACCAGAGACCAUGUUUGGGCAAACUAAUUGUUGGGUUCGCCCUGACAUGAAGUAUAUUGGUUUUGAGACCCUGAAUGGGGAUAUUUUUAUUUGCACGCAGAGAGCUGCCAGGAAUAUGUCCUAUCAAGGCUUUACAAAGAUAAAUGGAGUAGUGCCUGUUGUGAAGGAACUGAUGGGAGAGGUGAGCAUCAUGACCAAAGUGAUUUAAAGGG